AUGGUAUUACACAUGGUGGACUUGGUGAAUUCAAAUGACGUUUUGUACGAGGAUUGCCCAUCAAACGGCGGAUCAUUUACAAGUUUAGAGGAUUUUAACAUGAGCGGUUGCGUUAACACGGCCAUGAUUCCCGUUGGUAUACGUCGUGAAAUUAAUGACACGACAAAUAGAUAG